UUUUUUAAAUUUUUUAAUAUUCCAAUUAAAUAUUCCAUUUUUCUUAAAAUGCCGUCAAAAAAAACUUUUUUUUUAUUUUCUUCCUCAUUUUCAAUUCUCCACACGCCACUUACCGUAAUUUUUAUUUUUCAAAAACCUUUUUGGCUUAAAAAUAAAUUCACACAAAUUUCACACUUUUUUUCAUUCUCUUUUAAAAAUUUUUUUUUUAUUUUCAGAGUGCUCGUCUGCCCACAGUUUUUUUCAUUUCCUCUUCUUUUUAAACCGCCCAAUGAGAGAAUGGGGCAAAAUUAAAAUAAAAUUUUUUUUAAAAAGAAUUUUUGUUUGACGUAGCUACUAUAUUAUUGUAGUAUUUUUAAAUGGAUUUUAAAAAUAGAAAAAAAUUAUUAGGAAGCUUUUUUAGGAUUUUUUAAAUAAUUUUAGACUAGACUAAACUACUGGGGAUUGUAGAAAGAUAAUUGUAACUUACAGGCUUAGGAAAAUUUUAAAAAUUUUCUGAGUUGGUCUCUAAUUGAUACGAUAGUUGUUGAGCUUCUACUAUUGUUUCCAGAGAUUUUCAGCCUCUCUUCCCACUUUUUUUUAAUUUUUAUAUUUU